CCGGGGCUGGCGCGCUCUCCGGGGCGCACACACAUCCACGCACGCACACCCAGAGCAGCUCUCUCCGCGCCCGGCCCUCGCCCCCCUCGCCCAUGCCGACGGACAGAGCGACGGAAGAUGGCUGACGACUCCACGGGGCACCGAGGAUGCAGCCCGGCGGCGGCGGCGGCGGCCGGGGCGGCAGCGGGAGCGGCGGCGGCAGGGGCAGCGGCGGCGUUGGCGGCGGCGGCGGCGGCAGCGGGAGCAGGAGCGGCGGCGGCGGCGGCAUCCCCGAGACUCCUCGAGCCUCCUUCCCCUCUGACAGCCUCUGACGUCCUCCGCCGCUAGAAGAGACCCCGCUUCCCCGGCGCCUGCCUUCCCUCCCCCUCCCGGCCCAGCCCCGCCGACACCGCUACCUCCGCCAGCGUUGCCACCAUCAGCACCACCUCCACCACCACCACCGCCACCGCCACCGCCACCGCCGGCGGCGGCAGCAGCCAUUUCAUCUCCACAGAAACCAGACACAAAAACAUGGCAGAAAUGGAGAAAGAAGGGAGACCUCCGGAAAGUAAAAGGAGCAGGAAGCCGGCUCACCCUGUGAAGAGGGAGAUCAACGAGGAAAUGAAGAACUUUGCAGAAAACACCAUGAAUGAACUCCUUGGCUGGUAUGGCUAUGAUAAGGUUGAAUUGAAAGAUGGUGAAGAUAUUGAAUUCAGGAGCUACCCUACAGAUGGAGAGAGCCGGCAGCACAUUUCUGUUCUCAAAGAAAAUUCUUUGCCAAAACCAAAAUUACCCGAGGACAGUGUUAUUUCACCAUACAAUAUAAGCACAGGCUAUUCAGGGCUUGCCACAGGAAAUGGACUCAGUGACUCACCUGCAGGGUCAAAGGAUCAUGGCAAUGUGCCCAUUAUUGUACCUUUAAUUCCACCACCUUUCAUAAAGCCACCAGCAGAAGAUGAUGUGUCAAAUGUACAAAUAAUGUGUGCCUGGUGCCAGAAAGUGGGGAUCAAGCGCUAUUCCCUGAGUAUGGGAAGUGAGGUGAAAAGCUUCUGCAGCGAGAAGUGCUUUGCGGCCUGCCGACGAGCCUACUUCAAGAGAAACAAGGUAUGUGACUGGUGUAAGCACAUCAGACACACAAAAGAAUAUCUGGAUUUUGGGGACGGGGAGAGAAGGCUUCAGUUCUGCAGUGCAAAGUGUCUCAAUCAGUACAAAAUGGACAUUUUCUACAAAGAGACACAGGCCAACCUUCCAGCUGGGCUGUGCAGCGCAUUACACCCUCCCCUGGAAAAUAAAGCAGAAGGCGCCGGCGUGCAGCUGCUCACGCCAGACUCUUGGAAUAUUCCUCUAACAGAUGCUCGGAGGAAGGCCCCAUCCCCGGUGGCUGCAGCUGGCCAAAGCCAGGGCCCCGGCCCAUCCGCAUCCACCACCGUCUCUCCAUCUGACGCUGCCAACUGCUCCGUCACUAAGAUCCCCACGCCAGUGCCCAAGUCCAUGCCCAUCAGCGAGACUGCCAACCUCCCUCCUGUCUCUGUCCAGCCACCUGCUAGCAUCGGGCCUCCCCUGGGCGUCCCGCCCCGCAGCCCUCCCAUGGUGAUGACCAACCGCGGCCCGGUGCCGCUGCCCAUCUUCAUGGAACAGCAGAUCAUGCAGCAGAUUCGCCCGCCCUUCAUUCGCGGGCCGCCGCACCACGCCUCCAACCCCAACAGCCCUCUGUCCAACCCCAUGCUCCCCGGCAUCGGGCCCCCGCCCGGCGGCCCCAGGAACCUGGGCCCAACUUCCAGUCCCAUGCAUCGGCCCAUGCUGUCGCCCCACAUCCACCCCCCGAGCACCCCUACCAUGCCUGGGAACCCCCCGGGCCUGUUGCCCCCGCCACCCCCGGGCGCGCCCUUGCCCAGUCUCCCCUUCCCGCCGGUGAGCAUGAUGCCAAACGGCCCGAUGCCCGUGCCCCAGAUGAUGAAUUUCGGGCUGCCGUCGCUGGCCCCGCUGGUGCCACCCCCCACCUUGCUCGUGCCAUACCCCGUGAUCGUGCCCCUGCCCGUGCCCAUCCCCAUCCCUAUUCCCAUCCCUCACGUCAAUGAUUCCAAGCCCCCCAAUGGAUUUUCCAGCAACGGGGAGAACUUCAUUCCGAGCGCCCCUGGCGACUCCUCGGCGGCCGGAGGCAAGCCCGGCGGGCGCUCCCUAUCCCCCCGGGACUCCAAGCAGGGCUCGUCCAAGCCCGCGGACUCGCCGCCCGGCUGCUCGGGCCAGGCCCUGAGCCUGGCGCCCGCGCCCGCGGAGCACGGCCGGGCCGAGGUGGUAGACCUGACGCGGCGCGCGGGCAGCCCCCCGGGCGCGGGCGCGGGCGGCCCGCUCGGCUUCCCCGGCGGCGGCGGCGUGUUGCAGGGCCCGCAGGAUGGCGUCAUCGACCUGACCGUGGGCCACCGGGCGCGGCUGCACAACGUGAUCCACCGCGCGCUGCACGCGCACGUCAAGGCGGAGCGCGAGCCGGGCGCCGCGGAGCGCGGCAGGACCUGCGGCGGCUGCCGGGACGGCCACUGCAGCCCCCCCGCCGCCGGCGACCCGGGCCCGGGCGCCCCCGCCGGCCCCGAGGCGGCCGCGGCCUGCAACGUCAUCGUGAACGGCACGCGCGCCGCCGCCGCCGCCGAGGGGGCCAAGAGCGCCGAGCCGCCUCCGGAGCAGCCCCCGCCCCCGCUGCCCGCGCCCCCCAAGAAGCUGCUGUCCCCCGAGGAGCCCGCGGUGAGCGAGCUGGAGUCCGUCAAGGAGAACAACUGUGCUUCCAACUGCCACCUGGACGGGGAGGCGGCCAAAAAGCUGAUCGGAGAGGAGGCCCUGGCGGGGGGCGACAAGUCAGACCCGAACCUUAACAACCCCGCGGACGAGGACCACGCGUACGCUCUGCGGAUGCUGCCCAAGACGGGCUGCGUGAUCCAGCCUGUGCCAAAACCCGCGGAGAAGACGGCCAUGGCGCCCUGCAUCAUCUCCUCGCCCCUGCUCGGAGCCGGGCCUGAGGACCUGGAGCCUCCGCUCAAAAGGAGGUGCCUCCGAAUUAGAAAUCAGAAUAAGUAAAAGGUUUGUAUGUGCACCAGGCACUCCUCCGCCCGAGCCAGGGCACCUCUCCUUAUUUCUUACAAGGCAGAGGCCAGAGUGUUGAGUCGAUAAUCGUGAUGUUACCUGACAUGUUUUACAAUGCAGCGUGUGUCGUCACUCACUGUCAUCAUUUUGCUCCACCAUCAUGCCCAUUUUGCAGCUGACGAAACCGAGUCACAGCAUGUUAAGUGCCAUGCCUCAGGCCACUUACUUAAUGGUAAAGCCCAGUCUUGAACCUAACCUGAAACGCUAUCCCCUUAAUUACACCUUUGUUAUUAUGCUCUGUAAUUCACCGUAGUGAAAAGGGAGGACGUGGGGAGGAAGGGGAGAUUUCUUGGGGCAGGUAAAUGUUCAGUCAUGAGUUUGGCAGGGCUGUGAUAAAAGGUAAGCUGGGCCACUUCCUGGAGCUGGUAUACACAUGGGCGGAAUGGCCCAACUCACCAAAUUUUCUCAAUAACCGUGGUCUUCCGUUUGCAAGAUGGGAAUAAAAACUACCUUUCUUACAUGCUUAUGCCAGUGGAACCCAAGCCACUAAGUCCCCUUUGCCUGGCAGGGUGUUGGAGCAGUGGCUCAUAGCUCCUGUUCAUGGGAUCUCUUCCUUCGUUGGUCACCAACCACCGUUCCCUAGGGCAGGCGUCAAGCGUCACUGACCAGCUUUGCUUUUUCCUGAUUUGGGGCUCAGCAGCUCAGCUGGUGGGCUGCUCAACUCUGCAGACAGUGGGAGGCUUUGACAGAGAAAAGGGCCACCUUGCUGAAGUGGAGGAGAGUGCAUGCG